CUUCCAUAACAUUUCACCUGUCCGAAGUCAACAUGUAAAAUGGACUACCGUAAACACGAAUUUUUUCAAGAUUCUCCGCUUCUUUUCGCAAUCACUUCGAAGACAAAAGAAACAAAGGACAGACCAUCCAUAAAGUACAGACUUGGAGAUUUCAUGAAGCACCCAUUAAGAGAUAAAGAUGCUAUAUUAGUAAAUCGACGUCCCAAUUGUACACUUCGAAUCCAUUACACACGUUUUUUCGGAUUAGGCGGUUGCCGUGCGUUGCGAAAGCCUGUCGUCGGCCGCACUUUGCGUGCACCGCGCCUCCUACGAGGAAUUGCACCCCCGUAAUUGCGAAUGCAACGACGGAAGUGAGUGCACUCGCCGCGGCGUUGUACACUGUCAUUAGAAAUGCCAAUAUGCCGAUCGGCGCACGGAAAAAGUGCACGCUUCCACGAUCAGCAAGGAAAGGGGCGACCAAUUACUCAUCCCGCUAUAAAACAUCCACUUUUCCAUGUCUCCGAUCAGUUUUCACGUCGCGAUUCUACGUCGAAUUUCCCUUUGCCCGAUAACGGUUACGAUCGACAUGUGCAAUACCUAGUGGGAAUACGUUGUCGAUUUUAUCAAGCAACGACAGAUUCUGUGUCAAAUGGAAGGUGCGCCUGUUGCGCAGAAAUGACGUCCAGGUGUCGAUUUUUGUUCUAUGAAUUCGCGUGGACGUUGAAUAACGAUUGAGUAUCAGUGUUGUUAAAUAUAUUUAAUACCUUAUCGUUCGAUAAAUUGUCUCGUAAAGAAGAUCAAUAACGAUGUUUUUCCUGUUGUCGAGAAGAAUACCAGGGUCCUAUACGAUGCUCGCGCUUAUAGCGACAAACCUGGUGAUUUCAAUGGCCGCACCGUUGUCGAAACGUUUGCCAGAAGACGCUUCGAACGACGCGAGAAACGGGUUCUCCGCUGUGCCAAAAAUUCUGGAGAUUCAAUUACCGCUGAAAAUUGCGACCAAGGACGACUUGGUAGCAUGGGCCAGAUACGUUAUGGGUCUAAUGGCGUCUCGAAUAAAUAUCACUCUGACUACUGUGAAAGAGUCACAGUCGAAACCUACUGGAAAUGUCAAAGCGGCAGAGAGCAACAGAGGUUUCGACAACAGCAAAGGUUUCGAGAGCGUAAGAGCGCAGAACAGCGGUAGAAAUUUGGAAUUGCAAAAUUUUGAUAACAUCAAACCUGUCAAUGCUAUCCGACAUUAUGCGAACACAAAGAGCUUCGAGAACACGAGAUACGCCGAGAACUUUGAGAAAACGAAAAUUCCAGCAGCUGUUAGAAUCCUGGAGAACGGUAGACACACGGAAAAUAUAAGAAUUGUAGAGAAUGAUAGACAUCCUGGAAACGUUCGACUUCUGGAAAACGGUAGACAACCUGAAAAUGUUAGAGUUUCAGAGAAUCGUAGACAACCCGAGAACGUCAGAGGCCUUCAAAGAAAUGGAAACCUUCAGUUAUCGAACGAUAAGGUGUACGCUACUGCACAGUUGCCAUCGUUUACGAUCAACGGAGCGACUACGAAGAGUUUAUUUAACAACAAUCGACAACUUCAACCAACAUUUAACAGCUUCGCGAUCACCGAUACCACUGUCCCAAGUCCACUAGAGAUCACAGCGAAUAUAAAUAUUCCAAGAUCGAGAUUCAAAGAGCCAACCAUCAAAGAUGCCUUCGACACGACGAAUUUAUUGAAAUCCGCGGAUCGACAGCUGUUUGUUCCUCAAUUUCCUGACUUUGGACCAGCUAUUGGCAUCGACGUGAGACCUACUGAUGUCGUUCGAAAUACGAACGUAGUUUCGCCUCCUGCGAGGACUUAUCUACCUGUGACCAUGACUAGUGACAACAUCAAGUUCCCAAACGAUCCUUUUGUUACUAGAUAUUUUUUCGACGGAGUCGAGAGGAAUGUUUCCAGUAACCAGGGUAUCACGGAUGAGAUCACGUUCACCACGCGGAGUCCUCUGGUUUUCAACGAUGAAAUACCAUUGAAAGGCGUUGAUUUUCUAUCUCAACAGAGGAACAUAAGUUCCGUAAAACCGCUGUUCAAAGUUCCUUUCGAAGCGGUGAUUACGUUUACCCACGAAGAACCUGUACAAACGACCACGUUGAAGAACGAGGGUGGCAAAUACUUCACGAUACCAACUAGAGAUCCUCUUGAUCAAUUCCCACCGUAUUUUGAUACCAAUUACACCGUGACCAACGAAUCUGGACAAAUCAACGUUGUAUUCGAUGAUAGCAUUCAAGUAAACGAAACAACGAACAAUUCUAAAAAGGAGGAACGGAAGAAGCAAGAGAAGAAGAAGGACGGCGCGAAGAAGGACAAGUCGAAGAAACAAAAAUCUGAAGGAAAGCGUCAAUCAUCACCGAUUAAUCAGUUCUUGAAGACGAUAGUCGCGAUCAGAAGAAAUAAUACUCCGUCGACGAAUCUUACGCCGCCUCCGUUGAAUCAACAGACGUCAUCGACUACGCAGAGGGUUCCAGUGCGUCAAAGGGUUCCACAGUCACAGAGAACUCAACUUUAUUCUACUCAGAAGCCACCGUCUGCGCUCAAACAGAAAGGAAGACGUAAUCAGACGUCUUUGGCGCAACAAGUUGAGGACGAUGACGACGACAAUGGAAGCAAAGAGGAUAAUGGCAGCAACGAGGACGAUGAUGACAAAGAGGACGAUGAUGGGAAAGAAGGUAACAAAAGUAAAGAAAACAGCGGCGAAGAUAACGAUGGCAUCGAAUCCGAUGAAGAAAAUGAUAACAAGAAUGGCUCUGAAGAGAGUUCUAACCAAAGCGAGUCAGAUGAAGACUAUGACGACGACGAUGAAGGUGGUCCCAUACAAACUAUCAUUGACUUACUUAUGCUUGUCGCACCAGCCUUGGAAGAUCUUAGCGACCCUGACUCCGACGCUGAUAUUGCCGAUUUACUCGAAGUAGGAAUUCCAAUACUUCAAGACCUGUCGGACGGAGAUGGCGAAGCAGGAGGAAGCGAUAUCCCAGCACUGUUGCUUCCAAUAUUGUUGCAACUUAGUAGAGGUAAGAAUGGCGAAAGAGAUUCGGCUGCGAUUUUGACACCGCUUCUUCAAUUAGUUGCACCGCUAAUCGGGCCCAUUAUUGGUCCAUUGGCUGUACCAUUGAGUCGUCAAAUCAGUAACGCUCCAGGUCAAGGUGGAUCGAGUUUUGGUGAUCUGAUUAAGGCUUCAUUGGGUCCCUUGCUCGAACCUGUUGGACCUGGAAAGAUGACGGUGCUCUCAAACUUAAUCGCCGGAGUUGUCUCUAGUCUUAGCAAAAAUUCAGGAGCUGGUGGUAAAUCAGAUUUAAUGAGUCUCGUGAAAGCGGUGGUCGCUGGAGCUAUAGCAGGCACCAGUGCAGGUUCCAGUGGUUCCAAAGGUGUCAAGGACACUUAUGGAGCUCCCACUAGCUAUGGUGCUGACCAUGGUCCUCCCCGUCCAUACGGUUAUGUAAGUUUUCCUUUGUCCUUUCAUUUUUUUUUCUUAUUCGCCAGUACAUUACGCUUGUCUCCUCCUAAACCAUCAUCAAACUCACUUGAUCCGCUCGGCUCAUCGAUCAAAGACAUCUUUAACGCGAUAUUAAAAGUGGUUGCUUCGUUAGUGAACGCUAUUACGGCUAUUUUAGGCGCCUCGUCGAACAGCUCGAAUGAACCGGUAUCGGCACCUUACGGUCCACCCCCUAAAUAUGGCACGCCAUCCAGUACAUCGGUUCCUCUUAGCGAGACUAUUAGCAUAACUACUAGUAAACCACAACGAUUAAUAAGACUAUAG